UAAACACUUCAUAUAUUUUUGGUUUAAGAUUCUGAUUGUUAGAAUGAAAGAUUUUUAUUAUUACGUCACUUUUCUUUCCGUAUUUUGUGGAAUAUUUUGUAUUGAAUAUGUUUCUGGUUUUCCUUCCAAUAUUAAACAAUGUCAAAUCGGUGAUGAUUCUUGUAUAAUAUCAACUAUGAAUGAAAUUAUACAUAAUGCUGGAAAUGGAAAUAAAGAAUUAAAUUUACCAGUAUUAGAACCAUAUAAUGUUAAAAAACUUGUUAUAUCAGAUAGAAAUCAAGGUAGUUCUCUUGGUUUAGAUCUAAUAUUUAAUGAUGUAGAAUUUCGUGGUUUAUCUAAAGCGAUUGUUGAUAAAAUAGUUGGUUUUGAAGCUGAUCCUUCGACAAGUAAAUUUGAAUUUUAUGGUUUAAUACCAAGAUUUGAAUUAAAAGCAAAAUAUGUUGCAAAUGGUAGAAUAUUAAUAUUACCAAUACAAGGUGAAGGUGAUGCAAAUAUUGUUGGUUUAAAUGUUAAAGUAUCAGUUAAAUUUAAACCAACAGUAAAUGUUAAGAAUGGAAAAAAAUAUUUGGAUAAGGUCAAAGUAAAACUUCUUUUACAACCUGCUAAGAUUGAGACACGAUUGGAUAACUUAUUUAACGGUGAUAAAUUGUUAGGUGAAAAUAUGAAUAGAUUUUUGAAUGAAAAUUGGUCUGAUGUAUGGGAAGAACUCGCUCCAAAUGUUAAUACAGCUUUAGCAGAUGUUGUAACAAAUAUUUUAACACAGGUCUUUGAUACCUUAAGUUAUGAUGAGUUUUAUUUAAAUUAAGUAAAAUAAAAAAAUCUUAAUAUUAUUAGUGAAAAAAAAAAUACUUUGAAAUUAUUUCCAAAAAUGUACAAAAGUAUAUAUGUAUGUGUAUACAAAUAUAAAUAUAAUGUUAUGUGAAAAGAAAUAUAUUUUGUG